AGUAUUUCACCAUUGAAUUGUUGUACCAGUAAGAAGCAGAUAAUGACACCAGACCAGAGUCCGGCGACUUCCCUCAUCGACAGGACCAUCAAGAUGAGGAAAGAGACCGAAGCCCGGAAGGUGGUCUUGGCCUGGGGUCUGCUUAACGUGUCUUUUGCUGGCAUGAUAUAUACUGAGAUGACUGGAAAACUCAUCAGCUCGUAUUACAACAUCACGUACUGGCCGCUCUGGUACAUUGAACUUGCGCUUGCGUCGCUGUUCAGCCUGAAUGCCUUGUUCGAUUUCUGGAGAUACUUCAAAUACACGGUAGCACCGACAAGCUUGGUCAUGAGUCCUGGCCAGCAGACCCUGCUGGGCUUGCGGAAUGCAGCCAUACAAACGACUCCACCCCGUGAGCUGGCAGCAAAGAAAGCCCCGUCUUCGACACCUUCUCCUCCGAUCCAGGGGCAGAGCGUGCUGAGUUACAGCCCGUCCCGUUCUCCCAGUGCCAGCCCAAAGUUUACUACCAGUUGUAUCACGGGGUACAGCCCUCAGCUACAGGCUUUGGCGAGCAACAGCCCUUCUUACAGCAGUGCUGUAACCUAUUCACCAAGCAGCAGUUACAGUAAGGUCUCCAGCUUCAGCCCCUCUCCUAGCGGCUCCCUGUACCCGACGAGUAUUGGUUCUGUAGUAAGCGCCGGGCUGAGGUCUCGUUACCUCUCUUCACCCCUUCUGUAUAAUUCUCCAACUGGCAAAGAAGACUACAUGACAGAGCUCAAGUCGCUGGACAACUUCCUUCGAAAUGAAGGGGAGAAACAGCAAAGAGUUCAAUUAG